UCAUCUCCACUAAACCAAAACUAAACACUCAAUCAUUGUCUUCUAGUCCAAAUCCAAAACCAUGAAAGCAAUCUGUGUGUUUCUCCUCCUCGUUGUAAAAACCCAAUCGCAACUUUCAGGUUGUACCUUGGACGUUUCAAACCCCCAGUCGCCCUUCAUUAUCGACGAAAACCUCCAAUUUCCCCAGUACGAUGCGAAAAAGAACGGCACCUUCACUUUCGACAACGAAGACAUUUUCUACGUGGUGUGUCCUAAAGGCACCCAGACCAGUUACCUCGGCGACAACGGCGACCAUGUAGCUUGUAAAGGUGGCACGAAGCUCCUUAACAUCAGAUCAGUGGAAUUCGUCGACUUCGUCGACAUCAAGUGCAAGAACUACGCUCCUUCGACGGUCAGGAAUUCGGAGCAGACGUGUGCGAAUGGUAACAAAGUUUAUGAAGUUGGUUUCAAUAUCUACGACAAGUAUCUGUCUAUGGUGACAGUUUGUUUCAAUGAAGCUAAACUGGUUCCGUUUUAUGCAAAAUACGACAAUCUUUUCCCUGGGAAGACCAAGCGUCAGGAAUUGAAAGAGAGCGGCGACGGUUUCUACCAAGAGUUUGUGUGUGGUGGUGACUGUGAAUGGGCUGAUAGCGGAAAUAUGUACCCGACCGUCGAUAUGGACGCUGUGUUUGAGCACCAAAAAGAAAUUUUAAAAAAGUUGGGUGUCGGAGACGUAGGAGCUACAUUGUUGAAAUUUCCGCUGACAUCAAACGCUAUAGCGUUCGCAAGUACUUUCAACAAAAGUCGAGAGUUGCAUAAGGCUCCUUAUUUUGAUUAUAUAAAUGUGGUGCCGGUGUGGGAUGUGGCAGACAAGCUUAAUGAGUUAAUAUUUUGGUUGCUGAUGUACCCAGUGGGUGAUGAUACAGGGCUAAGUAUGUAUACGGGUACUUUGGCAGUCCUUACUUUGUACAGAACAGAUGGUCAAGAAGUAGAACUUUAUUUGGGCGAAGAUCAGGUUCCUGUCCCUAAAUGGAUUUGGAUGGUUCUGGACAAGAGCGAGAAAGUCGUGUUUUAUUAUAAUCACCCUGAUCCAAAAGGCGACAAAUCAGAAAUUAGCAAAGUCUGUAAGAAGCACGAGUCCAUCUUGUCUGGCAACAUUUUUUCUUGUUUGUUUGAUGAUGUGAGUGAUUCUGAAAUGCGGGAGUUCCUUGAUAAUGACUUAAAAUAAAAAAUAAGCCACUCUGAUAAUUGUUGAAAUAUUUACGUUUAUUACAAUAUAAAAAAUUA